AUGGGAGCAAGUAAUCUCUCAUGGACGCCGCCAGCAUGGAGCGAAUACAACUUAACUCGCGAUUGCGAUCUAUUCGGCAAAUUCUUCGCUGGUAUUUCGAGAAACGGUCUCCUUAAUGCGCCACUUGGGAUUACUGUGCAGUAUUUCCGCUCUGCGUUUCCUCCACACAUCUCCCCUGAACCGACAGUGCCGCAGAUUGUAGAACUAUGGCAGGCUAUCGCGGCGAACUACACCAGUGGAAUCGGUGCUGAGGAAAUGUUUAAUAGCGUGUAUGAAGCUGCGCAAGGGCCUUGCCACGAUGCAUACUGCGGCGCUGUUGGGUUCCAGGGCAAUGCGGAUCUUGUAGGGAAUGGGGUGAUGAUUGCCUAUAUUAUUGAAGCAGCUUUAGUAUCACUGUUUCUGGUCGCAAUGGGCUUGCACCACCUGAAAAGCCGCCUGUGCCAGGAAAGAUCUGUUUCAAAGCAAACAGUGGGCUAUAUCUCUGCUGCAGCCCGAGCCCUUGACGCUUUCCGUGGCAGCAUCGCAAAUUUUUGGAGCAGUGCUGCAGUACUGAGCUUGACCAUGCUGAUAGUCUCUCUACGUAUAACAUCACAGGCUAGAGUCAACGCUGAGAGGGCUCUUCAGGCCUGGAGAAGCGGCUCGGCUGUUAGUGCAUAUGACACCCAGCUCGCCACCAUCGUCUCGUGUUUCUCACUUUUUCCCGUCCUCAUACUUGGCCUCCUGAUCAAAAAUCGUGGCCGCCGCCGGUGGCUAGUGGGCAUCGUUCACAUCAGCUUGAUGUUCCGCAAGUAUGGCUCGCCCGUGUUCUAUGUCCUUCUUGCUGUUCCUGUCAGCCUAGUUGUGUUGUUGACUGCUGCUGCUGUUUUGUUUCGUGUUUGCCGAAGCGAGUCAGAAAACCAGGCAGAACGAACGAAAGCCUGGCGUCUGGUUGCAAAUUCGCUACGCCUAUAUGGAGACUCUCUGAGAGCAUUUGCCUCCAUUGCGUGCUUUGUGCUUAUGUGGGCAUCGAUUGGGCUGCUGCUGUCUAUGAGAGGCCUCAUCAUAGAGAAUGUUGGACACAAUGACCCAGCAUUAGAAUGGACCUUUGGCCAAUUCCUGGCAUUAGCGACUUGGAUUCCCCUUGGCGUGGAGUGGGCGUAUAUCCUGAUAUUCGGUUUACAGAGAGGACUAGAGGGCCAUGUCCCCAAAGACUACGCUGUUAUGCGUACAAGCCAUGCUGCACUGUCUCCGGCUUCACAAGUCCAUUAUCAUCGCCCGGCGGACACUGCUGGACUGAUUCAGGACGUGCAACAGCAAACAGAGGCGACAAAAUAG